CCGAGCCUCCCCUAGGCCACGACGGGUCACCGCCAACUGCAGGAGCCGCGCCCUCGACCCAACGGCUCCCGCCCCGCCGCGCCCCGCCCGGGCCCACGUGACACCCACGACCCGCCCAUGGCGCCCACGUGACCCGCGGCCAUCCCCGCGCGCGGCGUGGAUCGCGGCCGGAGCCGCCAUUGUUCCGCCGAGGGACGACAGCGGGGCCUGGCACUGGCGCCGAGACGCCGCUUAGCGGCCGCCACUGGAGACACUCCCUCCCGCCGCCCCCCUCCUCUUGGCGGCGGCGGAGCGAGGCUGACUAGGGGGACCUGGGAGCCCCCUCUCCUGGCGGCGGCAGCUGCCGAUCCCCGGCUCCGGCGCGAGGGGCGGCCGCGAUGCGCUCAGCCUGAGGCAGUCCGGCCCGGCCCUUCUUCGCCUCCCCUGACUCUUGUACAGCGUCCGUGCGCCCCGGCGUCAUCCUGCGAGUCUCGCUGACGGAGGGAAGAUGGCUGCACAGAGCUGGCAGGACGAGCUGGCCCGGCAGGCCGAGGAAGGCUCGGCUCGGCUGCGGGAAAUGCUUUCGGUUGGCCUAGGCUUUCUGCGCACCGAGCUGGGCCUCGACCUGGGGCUGGAGCCGAAGCGGUACCCGGGCUGGGUGAUUCUGGUGGGCACCGGCGCGCUGGGGCUCCUGCUGCUCGUCCUGCUCUGCUACGGCUGGGCCGCGGCUUGCGCCGGCGCCCGGAAAAAGCGGAGGAGCCCGCCCCGCAAGCGGGAGGAGGCGGCGGCAGUGCCGGCCUCGGCCCCUGACGAUCUAGCCCUGUUGAAGAAUCUCAGGAGCGAGGAGCAGAAGAAGAAGAACCGGAAGAAAUUGCCCGAGAAGCCCAAACCUAAUGGACGGACUGUUGAAGUGGCUGACGAGGAAGUUGUCCGAACUCCUCGAAGUAUUACAACAAAGCAGCCCUUAGAGGCAGAUAAGAAAAAUGAAAAGUCAAAGAAAAAUAAGAAGAAAUCAAAGUCAGAUGCUAAAGCAGUGCAAAACAGUUCACGCCAUGAUGGAAAGGAAGUUGAUGAAGGAGCCUGGGAAACUAAAAUUAGUCACAGAGAGAAACGACAGCAGCGUAAACGUGAUAAGGUGCAGACUGAUUCUGGUUCAUUGGAUUCAACUAUCCCUGGGAUAGAAAAUACCAUCACAGUUACCACCGAGCAACUUACAACUGCAUCAUUUCCUGUUGGUUCCAAGAAGAAUAAAGGUGAUUCUCAUCUAAAUGUUCAAGUUAGCAACUUUAAGUCUGGAAAAGGAGAUUCUACACUUCAGGUUUCUUCAGGAUUGAACGAAAACCUCACUGUAAAUGGAGGAGGCUGGAAUGAAAAGUCUGUAAAGCUCUCCUCACAGAUCAGUGCAGGUGAGGAGAAGUGGAACUCUGUUUCACCUGCCUCUGCAGGCAAGAGGAAAAGUGAGCCAUCUGCCUGGGGCCAAGACACUGGAGAUGCUAAUGCAAAUGGAAAAGACUGGGGAAGGAGUUGGAGUGACCGUUCAAUAUUUUCUGGCAUUGCUGCUUGGUCUAGUGUGGAUAGGGGAAUGAAUACCUCUGAACAGAAUUCUUCUUUUGCAUCUCUCACACUUAACUCUGCUGUUUCUGGGUCUACUGCUGAGCCAGUUUCUCAUUCUACCACUUCUGAUUAUCAGUGGGAUGUUAGCCGUAAUCAACCCUAUAUCGAUGAUGAAUGGUCUGGGUUAAAUGGUCUGUCUUCUGCUGAUCCCAGCUCUGAUUGGAACGCACCAGCAGAAGAGUGGGGAAAUUGGGUAGAUGAAGAAAGAGCUUCACUUCUAAAGUCCCAGGAACCAAUUCCUGAUGAUCAAAAAGUUUCAGAUGAUGAUAAAGAAAAGGGAGAGGGAGCUCUUCCAACUGGGAAAUCGAAAAAGAAAAAAAAGAAAAAGAAGAAGCAAGGUGAAGAUAACUCUCCUGCACAGGACACAGAAUUAGAAAAAGAGAUUAGAGAAGAGCUUCCAAUGAAUACCUCUAAAGUCCGUCCAAAACAGGAAAAGACUUUUUCUUUGAAGACCAUAAGCACUAGUGAUCCAGCUGAAGCACUCAUCAAAAAUAGCCAGCCUAUCAAGACUCUUCCACCUGCUAUUCCUACCGAGCCAUCUGUUAUUUUAUCAAAAAGUGAUUCUGACAAGAGCUCUUCCCAAGUGCCACCAAUACUACAAGAGACAGAUAAAUCCAAGUCAAAUACUAAGCAAAAUAGUGUGCCUCCUUCACAGACCAAGUCUGAAACUAGCUGGGAAUCUCCCAAACAAAUAAAAAAGAAGAAAAAAGCCAGACGGGAAACGUGAAUAUAUUUUUCCUGAAUUGGACAUGUGUUUACAAACACUGUCUGGAAGAUUAUGCUGUUUAUGCAAUAAUUUGUGAACAUGUACAGAGUUUUAUAUAAAUUUAAACCAAUUUUUAAAACAAAACUGUGAACACAACCACCGUAAAAAUGGAAUCAAAGGAAAGUUAAUUUAUGAAAUUCAGAGGUCAGCAGAAUAUACUCCAGUGCUGGAAGACACUUGGGGAAAGUCUUUUCAAUUGAACAAGAACGAUCUUAAUUUAAAAAUACUAUCCUGGUUUUACAGCAGUGCCCUGUUUACAACAGCUUGUGCCCUGUCUCAUCUGCAGCUGAGGAAUAAAGGAUUCUGAUUAGAGAGAGAGCUGCCUACGAGUGCGUAGGCAGCAUCUGCAAUCUUAUGCACGGAACUUAAACCAUUUGAAUCUGUUUUAUGCUUAAAUCAAAGUGCUUUGAUCAAGUGCAUAAUCUGCCAUAUCUUUACAUAUAUGUUGGUAGCGAUUUGUAUUAAAGGAAUCACAAGUGCAAAUAAAAGGUCAUUUAUCAUUUGUUAACUAAACUCAUGGUUUAGUUUACAAUUUUUAAAAAGUUCUUAAUUAAAACAUUGAACAUGCAGUUGAUGCUUGUAUGGCUUAUGAAGUUAUUUUUGAUAGUCUUACAUUACUUGAAUUGUUCAAAGUUCAGUAUAUUUUAAAUUAAGAAAGGUAAACUAUAUGUAUUUGUUUUAUACUUUGAAGGUUCAGACUCACAAAUAAUGCUCUUGUUUAGAAUUUGGAAACUUCCAGGCCCAGUCCAACUUAACAUUUCUCCCUUUCCCUAGCAGUUUCUUUUUUCCAGCGUCAACUCUUCUCUUCAUUGCUAAUACUUCUUCGACUUUAAAAAUGAAACCUUUCACAAAUUAGUCAUACAGACAGAACUUUGAGUAUAUGAUGGAGAAUGAAAAACUAGAGUCAGACAGCUUUAAUUGACAUUGUCAAGACCUCCAGUUAUCAGGAAUACAUUUUUUUACUGCCUUAACCUAUAGUGCGUAGAAUAUGCAUCAAUUUCUUGAGGGGGAUUCGUGUUUUUAUAAGAAUUUUCAUGUAAUUAUUGCAAUCGUGGUCAAAUAAGGAACGUUUUCUGCUUGAAACUAUUAAUUUAAAUGACGUGUGAGAUGUUUCACCAUUUUCAGGCACUGUGUAAUUCUAUUGUAAUAAACUGGCAGGUAUCUUUGUAACUAUAAAUAGUGCAUGCUCAGCCAUGUACACUGUAAAUAGCCUUUACCAAACGUGUUUGACAAGGACCAUAAUUAACAUCACUUAGUGAAUUGUGAUAAAGAAAAAAAGCCAUGAUUUAUUUGAUGUGAUUGGCUUGUUUUUACGUGGCGCCAAGAAUGAAACUGUUGAACAGCUGUAACCAAUGGUACUGAUCUGUCCAUCCAAUCUUGUCUUUAUUAGAUCUGAUUGUGGUUUGAUAGUAUUGCAUCAUCACACUAGGAAAGCUGAAGAAACACAAUGGUUUUAGUAACUGCUGAAGACUGGCCUUAUUAACGGACAGCUUUCCUAACAAGCGAUUAGUAACUUCUAUCAGGUGUUACCAUCUGUUUCAGGAACAGGGCAGUAUGUUUACAUGUCAGAAGUCUUGUUUCAUUCUAUGAGAUUUCUAAAUUGAUUUGUUUAAAUAAAUUCAGCAAACGGAUAGCAUUGUGUUUAUUUGCUUCAAUAUUGGGGUAAAUAAGCUCAACUGCCAGGAAUUCAUUUCUUCAAAUGACUUUAUUCUGUGAGCUUUACGUAGAUACUUCCUAACUAGAUCCAAGGAUUCCUGAAGUUGCCAGCACUUUGUAAAGGUGUCACAGAGGAGAAUUUGAGGAGUCUGUAUAAUUUUAGAAUGUGCCAAAAGAUCUAUGCUCAGAAAAAUCAGUUGAACUCUCUCAACUCUACCUCACCAUUUCUUUGUCUUAGAAUUUUGUUGGCUGUGUCAGACAUUGGACUUCCUUUCUAUGGCUUCGUAUCUCCCCGACAGCCACCUAUAGCGGGUGUUAGAGACGCUGUCUUGUGAGGAGAGAGCUGGUGUGGAGAUGGAGGAGGGCGUGGCCAAACGGGUGCAUCCAUGUGGAGAUGCCGCUGGCUCUCCUCUCCUGCUCCAGAGCGAGGACAAGAAUUUUAUGUUUUAAGAGAUGGCAGCUAUGAGUGAUAAAAGGAAUUUUCUUUCACGUGCAUGAGAUGAAAACUCUUGCACAAUUAAAGUAUCAUUGUUCAUUGCUCUUUACCUGUUCCAGAUCUUUAUAUGGCAUUAAAUCAGUUUCUGGGUCUGAACACAGGAACUGUUCUCCAUCGUCCACCUCAAAAGGCACCAAAAUGAAGGUAGCGAUUCAGGGAGGAGGGGGAAAGGGAGGAGCCUAUUGUCCUUUGGUGACUUACAUUAGAUGCUCCCCACACCUCAGCAGGGAGGUAACUGAUCCCUUCGGGCUUUGUCAGGCCUGAAGGGGAACCUUGUACUGAUUAGCAAAGGAGGCCUCCUCAGAGAACCUGCUUAGAAAUCUCCCUAAUCCUGACCUGUCUCCGCAUGCUUACUGAAAAUCCUUCCCUAUCCUGGAGCGGGGGUUUAGGAUUUCCCUAGACUAGAAUCCUACCUAUGUACCCCAGACUGAGCAAAACAAUAGUUGAGAGAGUCCAAAAAAAAAAAAAAAAAAAAAGUGUUGAAAUAAAAUGUCGUUAAUGUAAUUUACCAUGUUUACUUUGUGCAUGCAUUUUGGGGGUGGGGGGAGCAGUGGAAAUAAUUUAUCCAAAUCUAAUGGUAUUAUUUCACAAACUAAUCCAGUUUGUAUUUGGGUUAAAAAUAAUUGAAGGGCAAUAUUUAACUACAGAGUUUAGUUUUUCUUAAUUAAAAACAGUCUUCUAUUAACGUGUGAAAUAUCUUUCAAAAUUGAGAAUUUAGGUGUAAGAUGUCUAAGAGAUGUCUUAAGACUUUUCUGUAAACUCCUUGCACAAACUGGAAUUACUUUCCAAAAGACUUAGGGAAUGCAAAUAUGUUAUUUGUAAAAUGCAUUGAGUAUUGUAAAUAAAAAAAUCAUUUCUGUUUUGUUUAAA